GACGAUGUGGGCUGGACCUCGGGCAGGAGCGGGAUUGGGUGCUUCUUGAACGACCAUAGCGAACCUGCAUACAAAUCCGAUGUCCGAAGCUCAAGUCUGGCUCGUGACGGGCGCCAACUCGGGGUUUGGGAAACUCAUGAUUGAGCUCGUCCUCCGCCGAGGCGGGAAAUGCGUGGCGACGUCUAUCGACCCUUCUGCGCUCAAGCCCCUCGAGGAGGCGUACCGCGGUUCCCUGCUCAACCUGUACCUGGACGUGAACAACGAGUCUGAGAUCCUGGCCGCCUUCUCUGAGGCGCGGGAAACGUUCGGCCGCGUGGACGUCGUGUUCAACAACGCUGGCCUCCUGUUGCGCGGUGUGGUGGAAAGCGUACCGGAAGCGACCGCAAGAAAGGUAUUCGACGUCAACUUCUGGGGUAGUACGAACGUGACCAAGGAGGCGGUGAGGUUCUUCAGGGAGGUGAACGGGCCGAAGAGAGGGGGGAAGAUGGUCGUCGUCAGUUCGAGUUCAGGGAUCGUGGCUGGCCCGCUGUUUGCGCAUUAUGCGGCUAGCAAGCAAGCGGUUGAGGCUGUAACCGUCGGCAUGUCGAAAGAGCUUAAACCAGAGUGGAACAUCCAGGCACUGUCCCUCUCCUCGCACAAGAACACGUGCUCAACCCUCUAGCUGUGCAUCACCGAGCCCGGAUGGUUCACCCCUCCCAUCCUAGAUCCCAACCCUAGCCUGCAGCUGUCCAUCCCCGCCGCAUACGCCGGUGGGCCCGCGACGGCAGCCGAGCACGCUGUGAUCCACCCUGGCCAGGCGGAGAAGGCCAUCGAGUUGAUAUAUGACGUUAUGCAGAGGGAGAAGAUCCCGCUGAGGCUGCCUAUUGGCGCGGGGGCGAUUGGCGCUGCUCGGAGGGUGGCGAGGGAGUGGAUUGAGCUUGCGGAUGAGUGGGAGGAGGAGUCCAGGGAUCCUGCGUUUGGGAAGUGAGACUGACUGGGAAGGAGUUCGUUGUGUUGUAUAGCCUGAAACGAGAGGAAAGAGCAUUCCAUGUAAUGUAAUUUGAAGACUC